GGCACCCUCACUGUCCCUUGCGCGCCGCGCGCCCGCGGACUUUGUCCGCGGCUUCUCCAGAACAUCCCUCUAUGAGGGCGGGACCCUCCCACCUCGGAAGUCCUCCCGGGACCAUUGCCCAGCAGUGAGGGGCUGCCCCGCAGACAAGGCGUCCGAGUCAGGCGCCGCCCCAGGGCCCGCAGCCCAGGACCUGCUCCGGCUCCCGCUCCGCACCCUGGCAGGCUGCCCAGCCCGGGAGUGCGCACCUGCGCCCUGGGGCGGAGUCCUUAUCCCCAACCCCAGCUUGGGUGCCCACAGCCUAGCUGGGACGGGCCUCCUCCCCAUCUCCAUCCGCGACACCUGGCGGAGCGCGCGCUGAGAGCCUCCUCCAGCUUCCAUCUGUUCCUCUACGAGGGUGGGGGCCUCGGGCGGAGCUAGAGUGGUAGAUGGGCACAGACUCCCCCUCCCCCCGGCCCCUCAGGCCGGGGGUGACCUUGCCCCCUGGACCCCUCACCAUGAAUACCAAGGACACCACUGAGGUUGCUGAGAACAGCCACCACCUGAAGAUCUUUCUCCCCAAGAAGCUGCUGGAGUGUCUUCCUCGCUGUCCUCUGCUGCCUCCAGAGCGGCUACGAUGGAAUACAAAUGAGGAGAUUGCAUCCUACUUGAUCACCUUUGAGAAGCAUGAUGAGUGGCUGUCCUGUGCCCCAAAGACAAGGCCUCAGAAUGGCUCCAUCAUCCUCUACAACCGCAAGAAGGUGAAAUACCGGAAGGAUGGUUACCUCUGGAAGAAGAGGAAGGAUGGGAAGACCACCCGAGAGGACCACAUGAAGCUGAAGGUCCAGGGCAUGGAGAACCCCGACAUCGUCCUUGUGCACUAUCUGAACGUCCCAGCCCUGGAAGACUGCGGAAAGGGCUGCAGCCCCAUCUUCUGUUCCAUCAGCAGCGACCGUCGAGAGUGGCUGAAGUGGUCCCGGGAUGAGCUGUUGGGACAGCUGAAGCCUAUGUUUCAUGGCAUCAAGUGGAGCUGUGGGAACGGGGCAGAGGAGUUCUCUGUGGAACAGCUGGUGCAGCAGAUCCUGGACACCCACCCGACCAAGCCUGCACCCCGAACUCAUGCCUGUCUCUGCAGUGGGGGCCUUGGUUCUGGGAGCCUUACCCACAAAUGCAGCAGCACGAAACACCGCAUCAUCUCCCCCAAAGUGGAGCCCCAAACGUUAACCUUGACCUCUGUCCCACACCCUCACCCCCCAGAGCCUCCUCCACUGAUAGCUCCACUUCCCCCAGAGCUCCCCAAGGCACACACCUCCCCAUCUUCUUCUUCCUCCUCUUCCUCCUCCUCAGGCUUUGCCGAGCCCCUAGAAAUCAGAGCGAGCCCUCCUACCUCCCGAGGAGGUUCCUCCAGAGGAGGCACUGCUAUUCUCCUGCUGACGGGACUGGAGCAGCGGACUGGGGGCUUGACCCCCACCAGGCACUUGGCUCCCCAGGGUGAUCCCAGGCCCUCCAUGAGCUUGGCUGUAGUUGUGGGCUCUGAGCCCUCUGCCCCACCUGCUCCUCCCAGCCCUGCCUUUGACCCUGAUCGUUUUCUCAACAGCCCCCAGAGGGGCCAGACAUAUGGAGGGGGGCAGGGAGUAAGCCCAGACUUCCCUGAGGCAGAGGCCGCGCACGUCCCCUGUCCUGCCCUGGAGCCCGCUGCUGCCCUGGAACCCCAGGCAGCUGCUCGGGGUCUCCCUCCACCUUCGGGAACAGGUGGGAGAAGAGGAAACUGUUUCUUCAUCCAAGAUGAUGAUGGUGGGGAGGAAUUCAAGGCCCAGGGGACUGCCCCACCUGUACCUUCACCCCCUCCUUCACCCCCACCCUCACCUGCCCCCCUAGAGCCAGUGGGCAGGACAGGAAGAGGGGAGGCUUUGUUUGGAGGACCUGGUGGGGCCAGCGAACUGGAACCCUUCAGUCUUUCAUCAUUCCCAGACCUUAUGGGAGAACUCAUCAGUGAUGAAGCUCCAAGCAUCCCUGCCCCAGCCCCCCAGCUCUCUCCCGCCCUUAGCACCAUCACAGACUUCUCCCCAGAGUGGUCCUACCCAGAGGGUGGGGUCAAGGUGCUCAUCACGGGUCCGUGGACGGAGGCCACCGAGCAUUACUCCUGUGUCUUUGACCACAUUGCAGUGCCAGCUUCACUUGUCCAGCCUGGUGUCUUACGCUGCUACUGUCCUGCCCAUGAGGUAGGGCUGGUGUCUUUACAGGUGGCAGGGCGGGAGGGGCCCCUUUCUGCCUCUGUGCUCUUUGAGUAUCGAGCCCGCCGUUUCCUGUCGCUGCCUAGCACUCAGCUUGACUGGUUGUCCUUGGACGACAACCAGUUCCGGAUGUCCAUACUGGAGCGGCUGGAGCAGAUGGAGAAGCGGAUGGCCGAGAUUGCAGCGGCUGGGCAGGCGCCGUGCCAGGGUCCUGACAUUCCUCCAAUCCAGGAUGAAGGCCAGGGGCCUGGAUUCGAGGCACGAGUAGUGGUUUUGGUAGAGAGCAUGAUCCCACGCUCCACCUGGAGGGGUCCUGAACGCCUGGCCCAUGGAAGCCCCUUCCGAGGAAUGAGCCUUCUGCACCUGGCUGCUGCCCAGGGCUACGCCCGCCUCAUUGAGACCCUGAGCCACUGGCGGAGUGUAGAGACCGGAAGCUUGGACUUAGAGCAAGAGGUUGACCCGCUCAACGUGGAUCAUUUCUCUUGCACCCCUCUGAUGUGGGCCUGUGCCCUGGGACACCUGGAAGCUGCUGUGCUCCUCUUCCGUUGGAACCGACAGGCGCUGAGCAUUCCUGACUCUCUGGGCCGCCUGCCCCUCUCCGUGGCGCAUUCCCGGGGUCACGUGCGCCUUGCCCGCUGCCUCGAGGAACUGCAGAGACAGGAGGCUUCCGCUGAGCCCCCACUUGCCCUAUCACCACCCUCCUCCAGCCCAGACACUGGCCUGAGCAGCGUCUCCUCGCCCUCGGAGCUGUCAGAUGGCACCUGCUCUGUCACAUCGGCCUAUUCUAGUGCCCCAGAUGGCAGUCCUCCCCCUGCUCCUCUGCCAGCCUCUGCAGUUACUAUGGAGGACAUGGCCCCAGGCCAGCUCUCCUCUGGUGCCCCAGAGGCCCCCCUACUCUUCAUGGACUAUGAGGCUACCAGUCUCAAAGGGCCCCAGCCCUCACUUCGUCCUCUUCCAUCAGCCCCAGAUGAUGCGGCUGCUCCAGAGGAAGAUGACAGCCCAUCCACUGUGGAUGUGAUCCCGGUGGACAUGAUCUCCCUGGCCAAGCAGAUCAUUGAAGCCACACCAGAGCGGAUUAAACAGGAAGACUUUGUGGGGCUGCCAGAGGCAGGAGCCCCACUGCGAGAGCGAACAGGGGCCGUGGGGCUCAGUGAGACCAUGUCCUGGCUGGCCAGCUACCUGGAGAAUGUGGACCAUUUCCCCAGUUCAGCCCCUCCCAGUGAACUGCCUUUUGAGCGGGGUCGCCUGGCUAUCCCUCCAGCACCUUCCUGGGCAGAGUUUCUCUCCGCAUCUGCCAGUGGCAAGAUGGAGAGUGACUUUGCCCUGCUGACAUUAUCGGAUCAUGAGCAGCGGGAACUGUAUGAAGCAGCCCGAGUCAUUCAGACGGCUUUCCGGAAGUAUAAGGGCCGGCGGCUGAAGGAGCAACAGGAGGUGGCAGCAGCUGUGAUCCAGCGCUGUUACCGGAAGUACAAACAGCUGACCUGGAUUGCACUUAAGUUUGCACUCUAUAAGAAGAUGACCCAAGCAGCUAUCCUGAUCCAGAGCAAGUUCCGAAGCUACUAUGAACAGAAGCGAUUUCAGCAGAGCCGCCGAGCAGCCGUGCUCAUCCAACAGCACUACCGCUCUUACCGCCGCCGCCCGGGGCCUCCCCACCGGCCCACAGGGACCCUGCCUGCUCGGAGCAAAAGCUCCUUUCUCACCAAGAAGCAGGACCAGGCAGCCCGGAAGAUCAUGAGAUUCCUACGGCGCUGCCGACACAGGAUGAGGGAACUGAAACAGAACCAGGAGCUGGAAGGGCUUCCCCAACCUGGACUGGCCACUUGACCUCUCCACAGCCUCUCACCAUCCUGGGGCACUUCUUGCAGUCUUAACAGGGAGAGGCUGUCUCGGGGAAGGGGAGCUCCCAGUUGGCAGCUUUGCCCCCUUAACUUUCGUCGGAGCCCUUUACAGGUCUCCACUCUUUCCUUCUACGAAGUGCUUAACUUCCACUCCCGCCCCUCGCUCUUCACACCUUGGUCGCCCCUUCCUUUCGGCUCCUGACUCCCAAAGACCUGCACCCCACAUACCUGCAUCUUCAGCUGUGAUCUAUGGAGUCCUGCCUGCCCCUCCUCCACAGCGCCCUCCCUGCCUGCACCCGACUCAGCCCCUUCCUUGACUUGCCUUAUUUAUUUGUUUGACGCGUCUCUGAAUGUAUCCACCUCGGUCCUCACCAUUGCCUUCGUUGCGGGUUCCCUUCGUGUUUCAGGGCUGAUCACGCCCCCACCUGGCUCCGCACGUUUGUGUGUUUCCCUCCUUCUCUGCCCGUCUUCCUCCAUCACCCCGACUCUGGCCACCAACCUCGGGGCCAAAGGAAAGGGGGUGUAUAUAGGAACGCGCUGCGGAACCCCGCCCAUCCCCGGAGGGGAAGGGGCUUGUACAUAAUGUACCAUACAGAGUAUAGUGAAGAAUCUAUUUAAGGCGCCGCGGAGAGGGCUACACGGCCGGGCUUGUGGUUCCCUGGCGCGGCGGGGGGCUCUGGCCGGCUCCAAGAGCACUUUCUACGUGUGCAUGGGCUUGGUUUAUACAAAUUGCCAUUAAACAUCGCUGCACCAGCCA